UUUCAGGUUUCUCCCUGACGUCUGCGAAAUGGCAGGAGACUUGGCAAAAUAAGAGAAAAAAAAGAAGAAGAGAUCUGGCAACUCUGCGAUUGCUAUGUCGUGCAGGAGUCGCGGGAGAUCGGCAAUACGACCGGCGCGAAUCUCUCUGACAGUUGAUAACGGAAUGACAGCCCGAUGAUGCCUGGCGACACGCCGGUCUGACCCAUCUCGCUCCGAGCUGCAGGCUGAACCAGAACAGAGAUGCAAGGCAUCUGCGAUAAUAUUCGCACAGCGAUCGAACACGGACGUACUGACAUUAUCAGGUCGCUCCUGGAUGCGUGUGAGAACGGUAAUGCCACAGAGGGUAUCACGAGAGACAAGAUAUUGAAUCAACCGGUUUUGGAGGAAGGAACUUUCUUGUUAUAUGCCUCAAAGACUAACCAAGCGGACAUUGUGAGAACUCUUCUGAAUUGUGGUGCUGAUCCAGCUGUGCAAAAUGCUGAUGGACAUAAUGCGAUAGAUGUUGCCUCGAGUGAUGCAAUACGACGUAUCUAUAUAGAGGAAAUGUUGACAGCAACAGCUGCUUCUGAAGUAGAUAGAGUAGUGCAGUUAUUGGAUGCAGGAUUGGAUGUUAAUUCAUGGGACUCGCAGGGCAGUAAGAACACACCGUUGCAUUGGGCAGCAUGUUAUGGAAACAAACACAUUAUCGCGUGUUUACUUGAUAAAGGAGCCGAUGUAAACGCCGAGAAUGGUUGUGGCGCUACGCCAUUACAUGAUGCAGUGAAUCGUGGUGACAUUGCUAUCUGUCAAGAACUAUUGCAGGCUGGUGCAAAUCCUCUUGUACGAGCUACCAAAGGAACAUUUGCGGGGAAAACGCCGUACGAAUUAUCUAGAAAGAAACAAUCUCUACAUUGUUUCCUUCAAAGAUUUAUAUCAAAUUUUAUGCUGAACGAGAACGAAACAAUACACAGUGCUACUAUGUCGUACCCAGAUACAAGCUAUUGCCAGAAGGGUCUCACGUGCAAUAUGAGCCAACUGUCAGUCGAAUCUAACAAGUCGUCGGAUCCAGCAUACGAUGUGCCUUCGCGUGACGCGGGCAAAGAGAGUCCUAGUAAAUCUAUUAUUGAUAAAGGAAGUAUUUAUAACUUGUUAUGGCCACAGCCAAAGACUAUAAACGAACUAAAAAAUUUUACGGCCCCAUUUAUCGCUGGAAAAGAGCUUCUUAUAUCAAUAAUACAGGGCAGUGAAUCUGUACAUAAAAUACUGGAUGUGUGGGAGAUCAGCAGGACUCAUCUGCUAGAAUUGGGUCAUGAUGUAAAGAUCGGCGAAGUGCAACCUAGUUGCGGCAAGUUGCUCAAUGAUAAUACAAUUGAAUGCAUUGUGAAUAGGAAUCUGUUUAACAUUGCUGAUAGUUAUCAAUUGCAUAUUACGCAUAACUCCAUAAAAGUAAGCGCUGGAAGUCUAGCGGGGCUGCAUUAUGCGGUCUGCACAUUCGUGCAAAUUCUGCGUCUGAGUAAGAAUCAGAGUAGGUCGGAAGUGUGCGAGAUAGAGCCUGUCUUCAUCAAAGACGAACCGAGAUUCACACAUCGCGGUAUACUGUUGGACAUCUCGCCUAGAGGACGCGUACCGACCUUGGAAUAUCUUUUACAUAUUAUUGAUCUACUCUCAUCGUUUAAGAUCUCGCAUUUGCACCUCUACUCCAGGCUCGUUCAAAAUUGCGACUGGCAGCUUUGUUAUUCCAAAUCCGAAAUGGUAACUCUGGACAGAUAUUGCAGAGAUCGUCAUUUGGACAUAGUUCCAACGUUGGACGUCGAUUCUAAUGUCAGCCAACAUCACCUGAUGCAAAUGUGGCCUAUCUUUCAAGACUUGCUCGCAGUAUUUCCUAGCUUAAAUUAUGUUCACGUAGGCCCUCGAUUAACCACUUUAUUAGUGCAAGCUGAUAGCUUUGAUUUGAAUGUGUCUGUCAACGAUACGCUUGAAACGGACAUGUCGGAAGUAUUCAAGUCUUACUCGUGCCUUCAAGAACUCUGGCAUAUCCUCAAUUUGAGCUCGAACACGACUCUACUUUUAUGUUCUAACAGUUUACAUUCCAAAUCCGAGUUUCACAAUAUUCCUACUAAUAUCAUAUUUGUCGAAUAUGGAUUUCAGGCUGAUUAUGAUUUCUCCGAAUGGACAGAGCCAUUUAGACUAGCUGGUGGUAAUGUAUUACCAAGUUCUGGCACAGCUAGUUACAAUAGUUUGGCCGGAUGUCCAGCAUCGACAUAUGCUAACACAAGAAAUGCGAUAAAAACCUCUUUGGAGCAAAACUCGAUCGGUGUUGUUGUCGCACAUUGGUCGGGAAGUCAUCAUCUUACCCCGCAUCCUUUCGCGUGGAUCGGUUAUUUAAUAGCGGCUGGUUUAGCUUGGAACUCAACAACGGAAAUAGAUUUAGGACCUGAUGAUAAUUACGACAUUCCUGAGUUGUCUGCAUCAGUUAGAGAAAGAUAUAUCACAAAACUAUUGGAUAUACACGUAUUUCAAGAUUCAGAAUAUAAAAUCGGUAACGCAAUACUGGAAUUGGGACGUUUGGAUACAUUGGUACUAACAUUAAGUAAAAAUCAAGCGGUCAAAGAUCUGCAGCAAAUACCAGAUAAUCGCGGUUCUACGUUAUACAGAUUACUGACUGAUCCAGAUAAUGUUAAUUUGGAGUAUCUUUCGGCCGAUCUAUUCGCUAAAAUGACGAAGCAGGUUAAACGAAUAUCUCAUUCCUUGUAUGAGGCGAAUUUAUCCUCCAAGUUCGCGUCUAUGGAGAUACAGGAAUUACAAUUAACAUCCGAUCUGAUGCUGACGGCUUGUAAAAUUGGUAGAACAUUGAUUGGAGUCGGUGUGAAUCCAAACAGCAACAUGGGACUCGCUGUUAUUAAUUUAGGAGUAUGUAAUCUACCGCCCACUUUCAGGACCGACAUAGCAAACAAGAUGUUGGCUCAUAUAGAACAGUAUAAAGGCUCCUGGUUGCAAAGACAUUUUCCACAGGGUCUCCAGGAUUCGUUGCUAGUUUUAACUAGUGCGCUGCAUAGACUUUUACAGGACAUCUCUCUCGAACUUUUGUGUUGUUCAAGAUUUUAAUCGACUGCAGUGUGCAAAUACGAUAUACGUGGCAAAUGAAACACGUAAUACAUAUAGGAUUUCAAGAUAUAUUCGAGGAAAAACUAUUGA